AUGUCAGGAAUAGCGAGUGCACGUUUAGCUGAAGAAAGAAAGGCCUGGCGCAAGGACCAUCCCUUUGGUUUUGUGGCCAGGCCUAUGAAAAAUCCUGAUGGAUCUUUAAAUCUCAUGACAUGGGAAUGUGCGAUUCCUGGUAAAAAGGGGACGUCGUGGGAAGGAGGUCUUUAUAAGCUACGUAUGAUCUUUAAAGAUGAUUACCCAUCAAGUCCACCUAAAUGCAAAUUUGAACCUCCACUGUUCCAUCCUAAUGUUUACCCAUCAGGAACAGUUUGCCUGUCACUAUUAGAUGAAGAAAAAGAUUGGCGCCCUGCAAUCACAAUUAAACAAAUCCUCCUUGGUAUUCAAGAUCUACUUAAUGAGCCUAAUGUUAAAGACCCUGCACAGGCUGAAGCUUACACAAUCUACUGUCAAAAUCGAUUAGAAUAUGACAAAAGGGUUCGAGCACAAGCACGCGCCAUGGCAGCAACUGAGUGA